AUGGAGGGCCUGACCUUGGAAGGCGACACAAGCCGUGGUCCCAAGUCAAAGGAUCACGUCCAGCGACGCCAACUACAGGCUAAGAUGGUCAUGGAACUCAUGGAGGUCGACAAAGGACAGGCAAAGGAAACACUGCGUCUCUGGAAGGAGAUCUGGACCAUGAGCCUCCUCUGCUUUUCCAUGGACUUCAAACUCACACCUGAAGAAGAGAAGAAAACAGCGGAUAUUACCUCGGCUGCCUAUGACAGCUGGGUCCUUGUCAACGACUACUUCUCAUGGGAGAAGGAGUGGAGCAACUACCAAUCCAACGGAGCCACCGGCGUGAUAGCCAACUCCAUCUUCCUGUUCAUGAAGUGGCGCUCAAUCGAAAAGGAAGAGGGCAAGAAGAUGCCUCGCAAAGAGAUCAUCUCACGCGAGGAUAAGUACUGCAGCUUGAAGGACGAGUUCCUUGCCAAAGGUGCUGCUACCGAGAAGACACGACAGUGGCUGGAACUACUCGACCUCGUAACGGCGGGCAACUUUGCUUGGAGCAUGACGACAGCAGGAUAUCGAGCUGGCGCCCCGGAUGUGUAUCCGUCUUUGUGGAAACAUUGUGCUGACAAGGAGAGUGACACCGAGAGUCUUGGUAGACCCAUCUCAGUCAACGCCAGAGAUAUGGCUGAUAAUAUUGAUGUUGUUCUUCACGACCGUAACUAUCUCGACCUUUCCACCCAUGAAGUCACGCUUGAGAGCCGUGAAUGGAAGACCAGCAACGACCGACCGAGUGUCGCCAACAACAACGAACCCCAGAAAUCCCAGCUUGGCCAUACGUGGUCAAUUCGUCAAUACGAGGAUAUGGUUCUUCAACCCCAGAAGUACUUAGAAAUGAUGCCCUCCAAAGGCUUCCGGAACGCAAUCAUAGACGGACUAGAAGUCUGGUAUCAAGUUCCCGAGAAACCUCUCACAACCAUUCGCGACAUUGUCAAUCAUUUGCAUAGUGCCUCCCUUAUUUAA